GAAGCAACCAUGCCAGGAUUUAGUCAGCUGCGCCCUGUCAUGAUUUUCUGGCCUGUCAUCCAGCGAUGUAAAAACUGGCGCGAUUGGUCUUUCUGGUACUGCUCGUGCGAAUUGACCCCAGUUGACCUGCAUAAACAAACAGUUCCGGAAUAAACACAAUUACAUGGUUAUUUUUUGCUUUGCUGGCCAAUGACGUGGGCACUUCAGAGCAAGUCAUUUUAGUAGUUGUACAUUUGACAUAUCCUCACAGCAUGCUACUUGGACUUGGAUAAUAUCAGAUAUGCUGACGGAGGCAGACAAUUUACGACUGGUUCCCUGUUGAAAUGUAUCCAAGUAGUCUUUGAUCUUACGGGCUGUGCUGGCGGAAAGUUAUUCUCGUAAGAUGUAUAGGAAAGUCAACUCGUAUUUGCCGAACUCAAUUCCAUCGUACUUCAGGACAGGAAGCACGUGCGAUGCCGGAAAUGGUAACACAGGCGAAGUUCGGCAUCCAGAUAGUUUGCAUGAUAACCCGGGAUAUUAUCAUCAACAUUUUGUAUCAUAUAGUUCUACCAUGGACGUCGCUCCCGCAGGAGGCAGAACGCCAUAUAUGCAUCCCCAUUUAUUUAGUGCAAAUAACCACCACCGCGUGCCCUCUUUAGUUAAAGACUUUCAGAAAGAUUUUUCCAACGCAAGCAUUAACACCUCUCACAAUUGUGUUACUAAAGACGACCCUGAUAAAUUUCCACUGACAUCCAUUAGAGAACUUAGCGUAUUCCCAAGAACGGUCUCUAUGUCAGCCGGUGUUGGCAGUCCAACAGAGGAUUCACUUGACAAUCUGGCGGAAAGGAAGUCGACGAGCGGCGAUGAAAGCCAGGACAGCGAUGGCGGAAGUCCUAAUAAGCCCUUCUAUCCCUGGAUGAAAAGUCAAUUUGGUCCAAAUCGCAAACGGGGAAGGCAGACGUACACACGGUACCAGACGUUAGAGCUAGAGAAGGAAUUCCACUUUAACAAAUAUCUGACCAGAAGACGUAGGGUAGAAAUAGCGCACGUGCUUUGUUUAACGGAACGCCAGAUUAAGAUCUGGUUCCAAAAUCGACGCAUGAAAUGGAAAAAGGAGGCUAAAUUUAUACCCAAUUGUGAAACCAAUAAGGACCGAAUUCCAAAAUGAUGUAUAUGGAAACCUAGGUUACAUCAGAAACACUUUGCAGUACCGAGGGAUUUCCCGGGAGAUGUAACAGACAAGGACAACGCAAUAUUUUGGAAAUUUGGAUGUUAUUAAUGAAUGCAUUAAUUCUUUGAUAAAACAACAAUGGACUAAAAGGCACUUUAAUGAAACGUGAAAGUGAUAAUAAAGGAUUUGUUUUUACCUAGUGGAAUACCAUUCAUUGGAAUAAAUAAUAGAUAGAUGCAGGUAACCAUUUUAAGCCGAUGAUGUUGACAAGAACUAUUUUCAUGUUCGGCCAGUUAAAUGAAAUACAAUGACAAAAUCUAUCAUUAAAUCUGAUUUUAAAAUGGUAAACAUUAUGACCACAGCUUAAACAUGAUGUGGGUCUAAUGACAUAUUACAACAUUAUGAUAUAGAUUUAUAUCGAUGGAGAUAUCAUAAAGCGGUAAUUAUAUUCAUAAUGAAUUGUUUAAAUUGUGUUGUAAAUAAAUUUAGAUAUAUUAGCAUACACGUAUGAAGAUGGAGAGUAUAUUGUCUAGGACAUCAUCGAGAACGUGUAAGGUACUUGUAAAUAAACGGAUGGAGAUAAUGUAAAUAACCAAAAUAUAUUUCUAUAUAACGUUGAUACAGCCAUAUUUCACUUAAACUGAAUUAUCAAUUUAAGCAACUUCGAAAGUAGUACCAAGCAAACUGAAUCGUAAAAUGCAUGCACAGAAGAGCAUUAUUUUGGGCAAAAAAGUUGUUUCAAAAUUGAUUUUUUUAAACAUGUAUCUAGAAUAAAGAUAUAUUAGUUAUGACUACAAUUAAAAUUAGCAUUGUAAUGAAAAGUAAUUUCUGCAUUACAUGGGAUAUAGUAUCAAUAUGUGCACUGUAUAUUAUGUAUCGUUAAUGAUGAUAUAAAUUCGUGUCAGAAAUCAGAAAUAGUCAAAAAAUGAUAUUUAGAAAUAACCAAUUAUACCAAAAUAUAAUAUUGUCUAGUCAUAAAAUGUUUCUUCGUAUUUCGAGUAAUAUACCUAAAUGACGACAAAAUGUAGGGAGUUUUAUCUGCCCACUACUGGCUAUUUUCAAAUUAUGUAUACACACCUGUAUAGAAAUCAUUUUUGUACGCUGUUAUUGUCUUUCUAUUCCAUAAUACAAUGGACAAUGUGAUGUGAUUGUUGACGCUUGCACUACUAACUACGAAAUAAUUCUAUGCAAUAAAUUUUUUGAAAAGAUAUUAAAA